AAACGUCUCUGUUUCCAUCCCUGGACGGCGAAAUGGGGUACAUUUGAUUCUGGGGAAUGGCAAGUUAGCUGCACAACAGCAUAGAUUCUGGGUUGAUGGCUGCAUGCGAAAUGGUCGGCUGUGAGAUCUGAACUAUCAUAGAAUAUUUUCAUCGAAUCUAGUUUUUGCUGCUCAUAGGGUGAGAAAUGCCGUUAAGCAGGAUCGUGCCACCUUUGUGAAGCAGAUCAGACUUGUGCAACAGAGUACUGGUCUACAGGUAAACUUUUUGGGACCUUGACCAUGUCAUUUGGACCAAAUCGGACCUCCGGCGUAGGCACUGUUUUGUGACGUGAUGAGAUCGCCUAAGAGUAGGCCCAUGAACAGGAGCUAACGUAAGGUGCAACAUUAGGAGCAGUCUGAUGUGUCCAUUGCGACGGGUCACAUAAGCCUACACAUGGCCAGGGUGUCAAAUGUCAUUCAGGAUAGGAGAGGCGGGUCGAAGGCUAUCAACUUGAAAGGCAGCUCGGGAGCACUCCUGGUUGAUGGCAUAUUUGCGACGCGUUUCCUGCGGCGCGUCGAAUACGCGGUGCGGCAGGGGCUGGCAGUGGGAAUUGCCUGCAUUUGGGUGCUGAUCCCAACAAUUGCAUCCCCUUUCUCUCGGGUUGCCUUCUUGGCAGCAGUGCUGGCACUCAUUUCGUGUAACGAAAACUUUGGCCGCACUAUUCGAAGUGGUGUGCUAUGUCUGCUGGCGGCGGUUGCGGGUGCGCUCCUGGUGACGGCAUGGCAUGAGGCCGUUGGCACCUCCUACGGUGCCAGCUGGGGAGGCGUCGCGCUCUUCAGCUUCCUGCUCACUUACCCGCGCUUCGACCCGCUCGCCCUCAAGAUUGCGCAAGUGCUCAACGUGUCGAGCCUCAUCACAUUCCACCUUACCCCCACCCUGCCAUGGUACUUUCCUUUCCAGACGGCUGCUGCAUGUGCUGUCGGGUGUGGCUCUGCGAUCAUUGCCCUCGUCCUGCCGUACCCCCGCGCUGCAUCUGCGGAGGCCAAGACGCGCGUGGCCACCGCCGCCAAAGUGUCCACUGCCAUCUUCAGCUCCCUGGUGGAGUCGUACACGGCGCUCUCGGAUGAGCGCGCAACAUUCAUGCAGCUCCAGGCGGCAUAUCUGAUGCAAAGCGCAGACCUGAACCUGGGCUGGUUUCAGGCGGUCGUGUCCGAUCUGAGCUGGGAGCCCUGGGUACGCCGCCGCUGGUCGCGCCAGGUGGCAGCCUACGUGCAGCUGACCAAGGAGCUGACCACCUGCUUGCGCGGCAUGCACCGCGCUGUCACGGACUGGGACCUCCAGAACUCAGCGCACAACCCCCUGAAGAGCAAGAUGGCGGCCGCCCUGCGGCGCCUGGGCAUGUGCACGGGGUACUCGCUUGGCCAUGAGGCCGCUCUGCUGCGAGGCGCGCACCACGAUCCCCCUGAUGUCGCGGCAGCCGGGGGCGCCUGCCUGGAGGAGAGCGUGCUGAGCGAUUUCCUGCAUGAUCUGCAGCUGGCAAGAGAAUAUGCAUACUACCGGGAGCCGUAUACCGAGAACGGGCAGGUGGUGUUCCCCAACGCGCCGCUGUGGGGCAUGCUGGCGUCCUCCUUCUUCCUCUUCCAUGCCUACCAGUACGCGUGCGCAAUUCACAAGGCGCAGGUGGCCCUGGCCCAGCUCGGCGAGGCAGGGGCGCAGCGGGAGAGCAGCGCAGGCGAGGACGAGCAGGCGGAAGCAGAGGAGGGACAGGCAGACGAUCCUGCGCCCCAGAAGGGCGGCCCUCAUGUUGUGGCACGCAAGGCCACGUCCGCUGCAAAGGCUGUGUGGGCGGGGCUGGUCGCAUGGUGGGCUCCGGACGGCGACAAGGUGAAGGAGGCGGUGCGGCGGACGGCGGCCCUCGUGUGCGCGGGCAUCGUGGGGCUGGCCCUCUCCCCGUACGGCCUGUGGGCGGCGAUCGCGGCAGCCUUCGUGGGCGGGCAGCGCAUUGGGGGCUCCUUCAACACGGCCUUGAACAGGCUGCAGGGCAGUGUGGCUGGGGCGGUCGCUGGCUUCCUGCUUCUGCUGGCGGUGCGCAAGGUGCCAGCUGUGAUUGGCGUCACCCUGGCGCUCUGGGUGGCGGUCAGCGGCUACGUCAGGACCAACGCGGAGCACGGGUACGGCGGCCUGGUGGGCGGCUUCACGGCCAUUGUGAUCAUGCUGGGGCAGCCGCCCGACAUCCCGCGCGCCACGCUCGAGACGUACGCCUUCACGCGCCUCUACGAGCAGUGCAUCGGCAUCCUCUUCGUCGUUCUCUUCGACUACGCGCUCUGGCCCGCACGCGCCGUCAAGCUCAUCCACCAGGAGGCCACCGCAAACAUGAAUCGGCUGGGCGAGCUGUGGUCGCUGCUGCUGGAGCAGUACCUGGACGCACACACACUGGAGCACCGCCGAGCGGCCGUUGUGGACAUCAUUCGGCUGGAGGCGACCAUCACCGCCAGCGUGGCCAAACAGAAGCAGCUGGCCAAGGACGCGGCGCAGGAGCCGCAGCUGUGGCACGCGCCGUUCCCGGAGGCUCCCUGGCAGUCGCUGAUUGCGGGGCAGGAGUCGGCGGUGCGCCUUAUGGGCACCGUCCGGCGGACCAUGAGCGUGCGCACCAGCGAGGUGCUUGCCGAGCAAAUGGGCGUCCUCGUGCAGCCGCUGCGGCCUCAACUGGAGGUGCUGGGCCAGGAGAUCCAGGCCACGUUCAUGGGCCUCGUUGCGGGCAUGGGGGGCCGCCCUGCCGCCGUCCCCGGCAGCCUCACCACCCAGGAACCCCCGCAGCGAAGUUGGCGCACCUGGCUGCACCGCCUGCGGCCGCGCAGAGGGACCAGCGGGGACAAGCGCGAGGAGGGCAGCAGGCAGGAAGCAGUGGGAGAGCAGGCAGGCAAGGGGCCCGGGACGGCUAACGGUGCCCCGCCCGCCAGCCUGCCGGUCAGCCUGUCGGGCCUUAGCAGUGCAAGCAGCGCGGAGCGCAGCAGCCGCACGGCAGACACGGCGUCCCUGGAGGACGGCAGCCCGCACAGCACGGGGCCGCCGGUGUGGCCCGGGCCGGAGCCGGGCACAGCGCCGCAGGGGACGCGCAGCGAGGGGAACACGCCCCGGCCGCAGCGGAGCAGGCCACCGUCGUACAGCCAGCGGGUUGUCGACGAGAUCGACGCCAGGAUCGCUGCGAUCGAGAGGGAGGAAGAGGAAAAGGCCGAGCGGCAGCGGGCGAGGCGGGCCAGCCUGGACAGGCAAUGCAGAGACGGCGGGGGAAGCCUGAAGCAGAGAACGGAGUCAAUGGAGCACAGCCGCACCCCGCACGCAGUGGCCCCUCUGGGCAAGGCUGCGCAGGCGGCGCUGUCGGUGGAGGUGGUGGUUGGGCGGGGCGGCCAGGUGGAGCUAGCAGCACGCCCGCCGGCAGGAGGCGGCAGCGCGAGUGAGCUCAGCUGUAGCCCGAGCCCGAGCAGCGAUGGCAGCACGCACGCGCGGCAGUUCGAGGCAUGGAACGAGGUGUCCAUCCAAGGGGGCGCCGUCCCAGAUUUGGUGCUCGGGGAGCGCCGCACAGCAGCCGCGCAGGCGGGGGCAGGGGCGGCGGGAGCAGAGGGACCGCAAGCAGGGGAGGCAACGACGAGGGGGGGCAGCGCAGUGCGGCCACAAGGCACGCCGGAGGGGAUAGCGGAGAAGGGCGGGUGGACUGAGGGAGGCGGUUUGGAGGAGGAGGAGGAGCAGGCCGAUGCGGGGGAGUCGAAGAGCAGCGGACAGCGGGCGGACGGCGCCGAAUUGGAUGGCGAGGGGGAAACUGAGGCUGACGGGGAGGCACCGGACGUAAUGGUGGGCCCCACGCUGCGCGAGCGGCGGCAGCGCGCGCUGGCAGGGCUGCAGCGGCGGUACGAGGCGGUAAUCCAGGGGCUGAUUGCGGCGCGGCGCGCGGAGCCGGAGACGCCGCUGCUGGGGAGCGAGGCGCUGCUGCACUUCAACACGCUCAUGUAUACCAUGCGGCUGCUCAUUGGCGAGGCCGAGAAAAUGGAGAAGGCCAUCCGCGAAGGGCGCCAGAUGUCGCGCCCGAUCCGGCUGGGCACCAUCGCGCAGCUGCCGUACGACGUGGCGGUGAAGCGCGAGGCCGCGUACGACCAGGACCCGGUGACGCAGCUGCUGGGGCCGGGGCCCACGCCGUCCGCACUGUGGCGGCACCGCAUCAACGAAGAGGCAGACGAGGGAAAGGACGAUUAGACUGCUCAGCAAGAUAGACAUGCGCGCGCUCGCCAGAGACAUGCCCAGUAUAAGAAGCUCCGCAUGCAAGGUAGUCAUUAUAGUCAAACGGCUGCUCUAGCCGAGCCAUGAGCUCGUAGGUAAGAGAUCACCACGCAGAUUGCUACCCAGCGUCGCAGCUCUCUGUGGCUGUUGGUAUCUUUCUGCAGCUUUACCGGUCCUGGUGCUGGUCAAAAGACCUGGAGUAGUACAUACUUUUGAUAUAAAAACUUGGCCGUCACAGAGACAGUCAUUUGCGAUAUGCUAACAUGGAAUUUGUGAUAUAGAUACCGAGGCCGACGGAGAAACACCAAGUGAUCGAAGAAGGUAAAGCGUCCUCUUUUGCCCAA